UGUUGUUGUUCAUCGCAUUCUCUACAAUUCUCAUUUUUCUCUCACUUUAUUAGAUUUAUUAUUGAUUUAAAUAACUUUCAUUAAAAAUUAAUUAAGAGAAGGACAAAUAAAAACAACAACAUUGAUGGUGGAAAAUUGCGCAAUUUGGAUUCCAGCAACAUAAAUCUCCAGGGUACAAUAGAGGGAUUUCAGUGAUUCUGUUCUUGGUUUUGAUCACAACAUGGCUCAAAAUGGUACUACUUGUCCAAAGCCGAUGCAGGCUACCUCUACCGGAGUCUUCCAAGGAGAGAACCCUCUUGAUUACGCCCUGCCCCUUGCAAUUGUACAAAUAAUCCUCGUUAUUGUACUCACUCGUACCUUGGCUUUCUUGCUUAGACCUCUGAGGCAGCCUCGUGUCAUUGCUGAGAUUAUUGGAGGUGUGCUACUAGGCCCAUCUGCUUUUGGUCGCAGUGAGAAGUUCCUGCAAACAAUAUUCCCUCCGAAGAGUCUACCAGUAUUGGACACACUUGCCAACCUCGGCCUCAUCUUCUUUCUCUUCCUUGUAGGCCUAGAAUUGGAUCCAAAAGCAUUACGCCGAACAGGGAAAAAAGCCAUGAGUAUUGCAGUUGCAGGCAUAUCUUUACCCUUUGCUAUGGGAAUUGGUACAUCAUUUAUCCUCAGAGCAACCAUUUCAAAAGGCGUUAGCCAAGGUCCAUUCAUUGUAUUCAUGGGGGUUGCCCUCUCUAUCACCGCCUUUCCUGUCUUAGCCCGUAUAUUAGCUGAGCUUAAGCUCCUAACCACUGAUGUAGGCCGAAUGGCCAUGUCAGCAGCUGCAGUCAAUGACGUGGCAGCCUGGAUUCUACUUGCUCUAGCCAUCGCACUCUCUGGGACAGGAUCAUCUCCUCUAACUUCACUAUGGGUAUUCCUGUGUGGUGCAGCUUUUGUUGGUUUGUGUAUUCUUAUAGUCCCUCGUAUCUUUAAGUGGAUUAGCCGGCAUUGCCCUGAUGGUGAACCCGUGGAUGAGAUCUUUGUUUGUGGUACGUUAGCAGCAGUUUUGGCAGCUGGGUUUGUGACCGAUACUAUUGGAAUCCAUGCUCUUUUCGGGGCAUUUGUUCUUGGUAUUCUAGCACCAAAGGACGGACCAUUUGCCAGUGCUAUGGUAGAAAAGGUGGAGGAUCUUGUAUCGGGCCUACUCCUUCCUUUGUACUUCGCUUCAAGCGGUCUUAAAACAAAUGUAGCCACCAUUCAAGGGGCUCAGUCUUGGGGACUUCUACUGCUUGUUAUAGUAACUGCCUGUUUCGGCAAGGUUGUUGGGACUGUUGUUGUUUCCCGCCUCUGUAAAGUGCCUCUUGAUGAGGCUAUUGCUCUCGGGGUUCUAAUGAACAGCAAAGGAUUGGUCGAGCUGAUUGUCCUCAACAUUGGAAAAGAUCGAAAGGUACUGAAUGAUCAAACCUUUGCAAUUAUGGUUUUAAUGGCCUUAGUUACCACUUUCAUGACAACACCAAUCGUGAUGGCGGUGUAUAAACCAGCAAAGAGAGGAAACGCGUAUAAACUAAGAACAAUACAAAGAAAGGAUCCAAGCUCUCAACUCCGAAUCAUGGCAUGUUUCCAUGGUGCAAAGAGCAUCCCGACAAUGAUCAACUUAAUUGAAGCUUCCCGAGGAACAGAGAAGAAGGAAGGGCUUGCAGUCUACGCAAUGCAUCUCAUGGAGCUCUCUGAAAGGUCUUCUGCUAUUCGGAUGGUCCAUAAAGCCCGAAACAACGGGCUUCCUUUCUGGAAUAAAGGGAUGCAGUCAGACUCGGACCAAGUUGUGGUUGCCUUUGAGGCGUAUGGACAACUAAGUCAUGUCCAAAUCAGGCCCAUGACUGCAAUCUCCCAUUUCUCAAACAUGCAUGAAGACAUAUGUGCUAGUGCUGAGAGCAAGAAGGCUGCCCUCAUUAUCCUCCCUUUCCACAAACACCAGAAAUUUGAUGGAUCAUUGGAAACCACAAGACAUGAAUAUAGAGUAAUUAACAAGAAGGUCCUUCAACAUGCGCCUUGCUCAAUCGGUAUAUUAGUAGACCGGGGGCUUGGUGGUUCAUCGCAUGUUUCAGCAAGUAAUGUUGACUCUACCAUCACUGUUUUCUUCUUUGGCGGGCCUGAUGAUCGUGAGGCGUUGGCACUUGGUGAACGGAUGUCUGAACACCCAGGAAUUACUCUUGUAGUGGUACACUUUAGGGCAGACCCUAACAUGGAAGGAGCUGAAAUGGUGGCUAUUGAUGUUAAUGAUGGUAGUAGCAAUGGAGGGUCCAAAUCAGGUGAUGAGGAAGUUAUUGAUGCUGUUAAGCAGAAAAUAUCCAAAGACGGGUCAAUUAAGUACGAGGAAAGAGUAGUUCGAGCAACUUGUGAUACUAUUAAUACGAUUAAGGAAUUUAGCCGUUGUAAUAUGGUUUUGGUGGGACGAUCACCAGAAGGUAUGGUAGCAGCUACUUUCAGUCUUAAUGUCAAGUCUGAGUACCCGGAAAUAGGCCCGGUUGGGGGGUUGUUGAUAUCUCAGGAAGUCUCAACAAAUGCAUCUCUAUUAGUGCUUCAUCAGUACAGUGGUGGCGCAAGGCCGGUAACCAUAGAUAUGGAUCAGGUUACUGAUGGGACUGAAACUGAAUAAUCAAAACUUGGUUGAAUAACACAUUCUUAUGCUUGGUGACUUUCCUUUUAAUGCAGAAAAAAAAGAUACAAAGAUACAGGUAUGUAGAUAAUUCAUAAUCUCAACUUGAGACUUUGGAAAAAUUUGUUUUCCAGAGUAUUUUAGUUGUUUUUAAGGCUAUUCCUUGGUUGUUGGAUUGGCCUUUUACGAAAUCUCAUGACAUUUCUGUACAAUAAUCGGAUAAGUCGCUGAGCUGAAGCGAAACUUGGGUUUUUCACAAGCUGUAGAAGUAUAUAUAUACUCUCAAAGUCUCUAUUGUAUCAACUCUUAUACAGCUAGUAUUUUUGGAUUCUAUGAUCUUCUUCUAUAACAAGGAGUAGUGAAUUGUGAUUGUC